AUGCGGCCAUUUGGUCGCACUCUGGAGCCCUCUCUCAGAAUCACUCUGAAUCCCAGUCAGAAGUAUCAGCGCAUUAAAGGAUUCGGUGGAGCCAUGACAGAUGCAGCAGCUAUGAAUAUUCUGUCCCUGUCCUCCGGAGCUCAGGACCAGCUGCUCAGACAGUACUUCUCCCCAGAUGGUAUAGAGUACCGUUUCGUGAGAGUGCCGAUGGCCAGUUGUGAUUUCUCAACUCGCCUCUACACGUACGCUGACACUCCAGAAGACUACGAUCUCCAGAACUUCACCCUGGCUGAAGAGGAUAUUCACAUGAAGAUUCCCCUGCUGCAGCGGGCACAGGCUCUCUCUGCUCAGCCUCUCAAUCUGUUUGCCAGUGCUUGGAGCGCCCCCGCCUGGCUGAAGACCAAUGGUGCACUGAUUGGCAAAGGCUCCCUCAAAGGCAAGCCAGGAGGCAAAGAGCAUAAGACCUGGGCCCAGUACUACAUUAGAUUUCUAGAGGAAUAUGGGAAAUAUAAUCUUUCUUUCUGGGGGUUGACAUCAGGAAACGAGCCCACUGCAGGUGAAAUGACAAAUUACAGUUUUCAGGCUUUGGGUUUUACUCCGGAGACACAGCGCGACUGGAUCGCCCUGGAUCUGGGUCCAGGACUCCAUUCCUCAUCCUUUCCCCAGACCCGCCUCAUGAUCCUCGAUGACAACCGACUUCUGCUUCCACACUGGGCCAAAGUGGUUCUGAGUGACGUACAAGCGGCACGUUACGUCCAUGGGAUUGGUUUUCACUGGUAUCUGAACAACAUUGCGCCACCUGGCAUCACCCUGACAACAACGCAUCACCUCUACCCAGAGUACUUCCUGUUUGCUACCGAAGCGUGUGCUGGGUGGAGUCCGCUGGAUCGUGGGGUGCGUCUGGGCAGCUGGGACAGAGCAGAAAAUUAUGCACAUGACAUCAUAGAGGACCUGAAUGACUUUGUGACUGGCUGGACAGACUGGAACUUGGCCCUUAAUCAGGAUGGAGGGCCAAAUUGGGUUAAGAACUUUGUGGACAGCCCUAUUAUUGUGGACUCAAGUAAAGACGUCUUCUACAAGCAGCCCACCUUCUACAGUAUGGCCCACUUCAGCAAGUUCCUGUGGGAGGGGUCACAGAGAGUGGGCGUGUCCUUCAGUCAGCACACCAGCCUGGAAAUUUCUGCCUAUAUCAGAUCUGAUGCCUCAGCCGUGCUAAUCAUUCUCAACAGGUCUGAAGAAGAGGUGCAGUUUGAAGUUUGGGAUCAAACGCUGGGCUUCCUGCCAGGAAGUGCUCCACCUCACUCCAUCCUCACACUACUGUGGAGCAGACGCUGAACGGUUGUACCAAACACCGCGUCAAUAAGCCACAUAUGCACCUUAAUGAGUAACUCAAACCAUUUCAAAUGACUGCAGCAACCACGAUCACAAAGAAAUCAUUUCACUAGAUUCAACGGUGGUUUAUAAUCUAUCCAUCUGGCUUGAUAAGCUGUUUUGGUGCAUUGGCAGCCAAAUGAUGAUUUAUGAGACAAUUAUCAAUUUUAAAGGCAAUAAUGUGAUUGAGUCAUGUUUUAACAAGUAAUGCUAGCAUUCCUGGAAAAACUUGAUGUAUAAAAUUCCUUGAAACACACGAAGAAUUAAAAAGACGCAAUAAACGCAACUUCUCACA